AGAGAACCAGAAUAUCGUAUCUACACUAGACUAAUUACCUCUACAUGUGGAAAACCCAUUUACCAUUUCAAUGAUCAAGUAGAACUGCUCACUGCCUUAUAUGAUGCCAUAGAAGGUCAUCGGAAUUUAUUUCGCAUUGCUAAUAUUUUACAUGGGGAUAUUUCGCUGUACAAUAUCAUGAUAGGAGCAGAUGGCCGAGGAUUUAUCAUAGAUUUAGACUAUGCUAUUGAUCUUGGCUUUGACCAAUCUUCGGCCACAGAUUGUGACCAAAAAAAAGAUGCACCGUGCUACAGAACUGGGACUUUACCUUUCAUGGCUAUAGAGAUUCUAAAUCAUAAUGCAAAACAUACAUUUCAACACGACCUAGAAUUUUUCUUCUAUGUUUUAUGCUGGAUUUGCUCUGAGUAUAAGGGC